AUGUCCGCCGCCUUCCAAAAUAGGUUUCAAACUCCGCACAAACCACCCGCAUGGGGUAAUGUUCUCGCACUAUACGCUACUUUGGGUCUUCUAUGUAUGGUACACAAUAUCUUAUCGCUCAACAUAUUUAACCGCGCUUUAUCCGAUGUAGAAGGUCCAGCUAUACUCAUAACAUGGCUUGCCUUAGCCGUAUCAAGCAUAUACUACAAAAACUAUGCUCAAGACUGGGCUAACUGUGUAGUUGUCGGGUGGUUAGAUAUAAUAGGCCUAAAAAUGACGAUCUCAAUUAUCAAUUCACAUGCAUUCUCUGGUUGUACUGCCAUUGCAUUGUUGCAUAUGGCUGUAUUGACACCUGUCAUGCUUCAUGAUAACGUCCCAGAACUUCAGACUAAGGUAUGUAUUGCUCGGGUAUCAUUCAAGUGCAUAAAUUGAUGUGAGAGAAUUGCACUGUAUGUGAAUAUGCUGGCUUAUUUACGGUGCUCUGAUACCAUACCUUGAAUGUGUCGUGGGUAUAUAAAUCGAUCUGAGUUGGUGUAUAUGUUACUCAUUUUAUACAAGUCGGUCUCCAUGCCCCUACCGCUGUUUGUUACAAUUCGUUCCAGCGAUUCGACUUGCUCGGUUUUUCAUAUACGUAUCUAUUGCAUUGAAGUGGUCUGAAGAAGCCGAUAUGUACUGUUGACUAUGCGAUUGCGUGUGUUUACUGCUCAAUGUAGUUGCCAGCAUACGUAGCCACACCCUAGUUACAAAUAGCAGCUACCUGUUUUCUGUAUAUAUGUACAUACCUGUGUUUACAACAAUAUAGAUACGUAUUAUAAAUACGUAUGAAUGUACAUAAGCAUCC